AUGGCACCUCGGUGGAUGCGGCCCAUCGCGUACAACGUGCUGUUCCCGUCGCGGACCGUGCAGGUACUGCGGCUAGCAUGGUGUUUUGUUGUGCUAUGGUGCGAGCGAGGUGUAUUUUAUGCAGCCACGAGCCGCUGCGAGAUCCCGCAGACCAGCACUCCUACGUUUCGCGUGCUCAUUCUGAGCGAUCCACAGAUUAUUGGGACACAUACCUACGAGCACUUUUCGCCUCUGAUGACUGAAGUGGCUAGUGCGUUCUCCGAUCAAUAUCUUCGAAAAGUGUGGCUCGCCGUAACACGACAAGGCCUCGGCGCCUCGCUGCUGCGAAGCCCACGCUCGGCAGAUUUGCUUGUGUUUCUUGGCGAUAUGACGGAUCGGGGGCGCUGGUAUACAGACAAAGCAGCCUGGACAGCACUACAGACGCGCUGGACCCAGCUCUUUUCGGGCGCAUCGCUGGGGCAGACGACCGAGGCACGGCCCGUGCGUUCGCGUAGUACAUCGACAAUCCCUGCCGUGGUCGUCCCCGGGAACCACGAUAUUGGCCUGCCAGAUGCACAGACAGGACAGCCUGUGCCUGCGAAUCGUGAGGCAGCUGCCUGGUUUCAGCAGACGUAUGCGCCUGUCGUGGACGACCAGUACGUAUGGGCCUCGCAUGGCACGCCGUCGUGGAAUGCGCGGAUUCCCAUUGCGGUCGGUGCUUCUGACCAUUCGACACAUGAACUGGUCCUCAUUAAUGCGAUGGACCUCGUAAGUAUGGAGCCUCUGAUGAUGCCUGCGUUGACGUCCAACGAUACCUCGUUUGUGGUGGCCAAAGCGCAUGCGCCACAGACCACGCGGAUGGUCGACCUGCUGGCGUCCGAGACGACGUCCAUUCCACGGAUUCUCUUCUCCCAUGUGCCAUUGGCCCGUGCCGCCUCCGAGCAUAGUUGCGAUGUACCAUGGCGCACUGCUAUUCAUGGUGUACGGCGUGAGUCGCAACGAGCACACGUCCCUGGCGGUGAUAUUUUGCAAGGAGGCGAUGCCCAGCGUACGUAUCAGAACUUGGUGGGCCAGGCUGUGUCGCAGUACGUCUUGGAUGCUAUUCAGCCGGCCUUGGUAUUCUCCGGCGACGAUCACGAUCACUGUGAGGCGAUUCAUUACCGCCACCGCCCCGCGUCGAGUGUACAUGUAGCCGGGUUUGACGCUCAGGAUGUCCCCGAGCUGACCGUGAAAUCCAUGUCGAUGCUGGAAGGCGUUCAAAGGCCUGGCUAUGCAUGGCUCGAGCUAGGUAUGGAAGGAACGCAACCGACGCUGCAGUACCGUCCUUGCCUGCUGCCCAAUCAAGUCUGGCUGUGGCUCGGUAUGUAUGUGCCAUGCCUGCUUCUCACGCUAUGUCUGAUUGUGCUGGCGCCCGCCUGGGUACCCAAGUCAUCGGCCACCCUGCUCCCACACCAUUACGCCGCGACAUCAUCCACCCGCCAAGUGAGCAUAUUUGUGCGCAGUACCAGCAUACUUGGCCUACUUCGACGUGUAGGACGUGAUACGGCCAUGGUCGGUGUGAUCCCAUUGCUCUUGUGGCUGUCUCUACAGAGCUAA